AUGAAUGCUCCAGCUUGUUCCGCCUCCCACUUCGCGUCCGAUACCUACUCUCCUACACACGCAUACGAGGCGUACGAUUCACCGUCACUUGCUCCUGAGUAUGCACUCGGCGGCUAUGACCAUCCUGCCUAUUCUCCGCAGUGGACCGACGGUACCGACGGGUCUGCGUUCGCAUACUCAGAGCAGUUAUCUAGUGCUUUCUGGACUACGGAGACUACAUAUGCGAGUACAGCUGUGUCAUUCGUCCCAAUCCCCAUGCCAUCGCCGCCGCCCGGCGACGGACAAGCCCCUUUACUCUUCCACACGCAAGCGCAAUCUGAGUUGCUUUGUGGAGACCAUGUUGCAAAGUGGCAGUUUCCCGCUUGUGUGGAAUUUAUGGGCCACAACUCGCCUCUGAUCCCGCACAGGCAAGCUGUUCCCUCGACGCCCGCGCUCUGCGUCUCCCCCGACCUCGUCUAUCCCACUGGACGUGACGAGUACGAUGGUGUCCCCUUUCCCAACGAGUGCGUACCUCAGACAACAUUGAAAAGCUCCCAACCCACUCGCGGUGCACGUCACGCAGCUCGGACUGCGUCGCAGUCCUCCUCGCACUCAUCGCCCUCGGCCUCUCCAUCGCCUGUCGCUGAGCUUUAUGCCUGGACUUCUCCACAACUCGUCGCGUGCACUCGCAGGAACGCGCCCGUACCACCCUCAUCCUCCACUCUCAUUCGCACCAACCGCUGGGCGUGUCCCCACUGCCCCUACGUCCAGCACAACCGCCGCUCACCCGACCUCAAGCGCCAUAUCGAAACGCAUACGCUUGGUGCAAGUGUUGCGAUGUGGGUGUGCUGUGGGGUAUACGCGUUGGACGCGCUGGACCAGGGGGUACCGCUCGAGGUCGUGCGGCAGGGGCAGAUCAUGGACUUUGAUGGGGUAUCGAUGAUUGGUGGGUGUAGGAAGACGUUCAGUCGACGGGAUGCGCUUCUCCGUCAUCUGAGGGCUCAGAAGGGCAAAUGCUUUGGGGAUGCGUGGUCGAUGUACCAGCCGGGGAACCGCUUGGGGAAGGAGUAG